CUAUUCUCCUCCGCCACUGCCUUUAUUCUCAUUUUCUCCCCUCUUUUAUCCAAGUGUUUGUGGCCCCCACAUUCUCACAGCUUCAAGGAGCGUCACAUGCCACCAUGCGUGCUGUUUUGUGCAGCGUCUUCUUCCUCCUCUGCCUCAUCUUCCUCACUGAGGCCAAGCGGCAGCCUGGCCAGGAGAGGCGUGACAAACCUCUGCAGCCUCAGACAUCAACCCCACCAGCGAAGAAACCCAAAACCCGCUCAGUGCUGAGCUCCGGAGAGCUGAGCACCAAGCAGGGCCACCGCUGCACCUGGCAGACGUCGGGCGAAGGCCUGGUGAGCCUGCUGGUGAACUGCAGCAUUGAGGCUGAGGGAGACCUGGACAGAUACUGGUGCCGUUAUGCCGGCAAACCGGACCUCUGCCAGGCCUAUGGGGUGAAAUCCAGCCAGUACUGGAAGCAGCUGGUAGGAAAGCUGAAGAAAAGGGAGAACGCCUGUGAAGGAGAAAAAGUCCUGAAGGCCAAAACAUGUAAGAAGGCUCCUGCCGAGGCCCACAUGAAGCUGGCCCAGCGCAGUGGAGAGGAGGAAAAGAAGGGGGGGAAGGAAGGAGGGAAAAAGAAAAGUGGAGGUGGUGGGAAAAUCUCUGAUGGGGGGAAGGUAGAGAAGAGAAAGAGAAAGGAAAAGGACGAUGAAGAGGAGAAGAAGAAGAGGGAGGAGAGGACUGACUCUGAGGAUGAAGGAAUGGUGAACGACAUGCCGCCAGUGCAGACUUACUGCAGCGAGGGAUGGCACUCGGUUUGCUCCUUCUUUGUCAAAUUUUUUGAGGGAAAAUAAGAUGUAGAAAAGUGAUCAGUUUCUGAUAAAUAGUCUGACUUUACGAUCUAUAAAAAAAUACAACUGAGGGAAAAUUGUUUUGUUCAAUGUGGAGAGAACCAGGCAGCUUAUUCACAAUAAAAUGUAUAAAAUCUACCAAUCUGUUCUCUCAACAUCAAAUGUAUUUGAUCUUAGAACCUUUGGUAAUUUCAGAUAUUUUUAGACCGCCUGACAUUUAAUUUGCAACAGUAUAAUGAGGUUGUAAAAAUCGUAGUCAAUUUUGAACGAAGGAUUUGAUUUGUUAUAAAUGUCCCUUAAAUAAUAUUUGUUCAGGUUUACUCAAAUCAUAAAAUAAAACCACUGUCAUUGAGCAAAAAUAGGCAGUUUGAUCAUAUUCAAUCAUGCAUUUUGUAAAUUGAUCAUAUUUGGUUUUGGAAUUAAUGUUUUUUGUGGGUAUAGUUUAACUGUUCUAGAAAUGUGAAAUUACAGCACUGCAGAUAAAACAGAGGGAUGAUGGAGCUUUUUAACCAAAUAAAUUAGAACUCGUGGUAGAUAGUUUUUAGUGAUGUCUACUGAUAUUUACAGUCCAUAUUAAAUCAUGUUUUUUGUCAUUAUUUCUAUCAUGGCACACUAAAACUUUCUUUAAACAUCUUUGUAACUUUUGUACAAAAAUGACUUAGUAACAGACGCCAGCUGAUUUGUGUGUAUUUGUCAUGUUUACAAAAGUGUUAACAAUAUCUGGAUUUCUUUAAUAAACUGCUUCAAAUGCAAA